AGGUGGGGUGGUAGCUAUGGCGGCUGUGACCGAUGUGCAGCGAUUACAGGCCCGUGUGGAGGAACUGGAGCGCUGGGUGUACGGACCGAGUGGGUCUCACGGCUCGCGGAAGAACUUUUACUGAACGUGGAGACUCAGAAAUACCAUGGAUUUAAGUGCAUCAGAGGUGGCUGAUAACCUGGUCAAGGUGCAGGUAGCUUUGGGGAACAUCGCUAGCAAGAGAGAGAGAGUGAAGAUUCUAUACAAAAAGAUUGAAGAUCUAAUCAAAUACCUGGAUCCUGAAUACAUGGACCGCAUUGCCAUUCCUGAUGCCUCAAAGCUGCAGUUCAUUUUAGCAGAGGAGCAGUUUAUCCUUUCCCAGAUUGCACUUCUGGAGCAGGUGGAGGCUUUGGUGCCUAUGCUGGACAGUGCUCAUAUCAAAGCCGUUCCUGAGCAUGCCGCCUGCCUGCAGCGCUUGGCCCAGAUCCACAUCCAGCAGCAGGACCAGUGUGUGGAGAUCACUGAGGAGUCUAAGGCUCUCCUGGAGGAAUACAACAAAACUACAAUACUUCUCUCCAAGCAAUUCGUGCAAUGGGAUGAGCUACUUUGCCAGCUAGAAGCUGCCAAGCAAGUGAAGCCAGCAGAGGAGUGAUGGCUGCUACCCAUCCCAGGGUGGGCCAGGGCAGCCAGGUAACAGGGCCCAGAGGCAGCUCUGUAUUUAUUGGAUUCACAGCCUAUCUGUCUGCACUCAGAUGGGGCCCUGAGGUCACAGGUCUGGCCACUUGAAAUAUGCUCUUUGCACCCCUUCCCCUCAUCAGUGUCCUAUUCCAGAGAUAAUAAACUGUAGAGAUCA